AUGAAUAUUCCUAUUAUAAAACUUCUCCAGUCAGGUUUUGGUACCAGCAGUGUGAUAUCGCAAUGUUCACCAAUACUAGCAUCUCAACUGCACACGUCUGCUCCGCUAUGCCGAGUGGUAUCAGGGAAAUACAGGAUCACGAAGAAACGAGACAGGCCCCUAACAUACGAAAUGGCAAAUCCUCCACAUUACAUUGCUCACCGAAAAUCAUGGAACUCUUGGAAUACUUCCAAUUUAAAGGGUGGCCUAAGAAGGUCUGAGACAGCAGUUGAAGAUGAAUUCAUUAGAAGAUUCAUGACUGGUACAUGGCAUGGCCUUGUUUGCAGUGAGGUUAUAAUCAAACGGCAAUUCAACCACAUACGAGUAGCUGCUAUCAUCAGGCGAGCUGUGUCACCCACUAAAAUGUAUUUUCUACUUGGCUACACUGAGGAAUUACUCUCAAACUGGCUGCAGUGCCCCGUCACCCUUGAAUUACAGACAGUUGACAGCUUUAAAGAUGUUGUGUUCAAAUAUAUUUAA